ACUGAUAUACAAAUUGGUUUAGAGAGAAAAAUAGAAACAAGAUGGACACCAAUAGCAACAUUGCUAAAAGAUGGAGGGUUCUAAGUGGUGAACAAAACUGGAAGGGCCUAUCGGACCCUCUAGACAUUGAUCUCCGGCGGUACAUCAUUCACUAUGGAGAAAUGACUCAAGUAACUUACGACAACUUCAUCUCUGAUAAGUUGUCAAAAUAUGCAGGAAGCAGCCGGUAUGCAAAGACGGACCUCUUUGCUAAACUGGGUCUAGAUCCGUUGAUGUAUCGCGUGACUAAAUAUUUGUAUGCAACAUCGUCAACGCAAGUCCCCGAUGCAUUCAUCUUGAAGUCUCUAUCAAGGGAGGCAUGGAGCAAAGAAUCGAAUUGGAUGGGAUAUGUCGCUGUGGCCACAGACGAAGGGAUGGCUAAGCUGGGGAGGAGAGACAUUGUGGUUGCCUGGAGAGGAACACACCAGGCCUUGGAAUGGGUUAAUGAUUUGCAAAUUCUUCUCGUUUCACCUUCAAAGAUACUUGGAGAGCAAGAUGAUGAUACUAAGGUGCAUCAGGGAUUUUACUCUAUCUACACUUCAAAUGAUCCAAGAUCACCAUUCACCAAGACUAGUGCUAGAGACCAGGUUCUUGAAGAGGUCAGAAGGCUUGUUGAGGAAUACCAAAAUGAGGAAAUCAGCAUAACUGUAGUUGGUCACAGUUUGGGUGCAGCAAUUGCAACCCUAAAUGCAUUUGACAUAGCUGCCAACGGAUUGAACAUUCCUAGUAACCAACCAGACAGGGCGUGUCCUGUGACUGCCUUUGUGUUUGCUAGCCCAAGAGUUGGUGAUUCAGACUUCAAAAAGGUCUUGUCUGGGCUAAAAAAUCUCCGUGUUCUACGUGUUCGUAAUGCCCUAGAUAUUGUUCCAAAGGUUCCAUUCAUAGGCUACAAAAACGUGGGUGAAAAAUUAGCAAUUGACACUACGAACUCCAUCCUUUAGCAAUGUUGCUAUUGG